CUGCCUUUGAUGUGCGGCAACUGAUCACCGAUCAGAUUACGGGCAUUUCAUCUCCCUGCUCGUCUGCCUUUGAUCUGCAGGCUUCAUUUUCUUUUCCCUGGUUGGAGGUUUCGUCUGGGCUUGUGCCGACAUACAUUUUUCGGAAGGUACAAGCGUUGGGCGCAGAAGGGCUGCCAAGGAGAAACUCAGUUGCCGAAAAGGGUGGUGAGUCCUUGGAAAGACUUCAGCACGUUGAAGAGCUCUUCAACCAGAAAUACAUUUACUAAGAGCAAUGGCUUCAAAGGUGCUACUCAGGCAACAGAAAUCUUUCACGGUUGUAGUUUUACUAGCCUGUUUGGCAUGUGGAGUGAUUUGUGAGACAGGAGACUGUGGACAGCAGGAAUUUAGGGACCAGUCAGGAAGCUGUGUUCUGUGCAAGCAGUGUGGGCCAGGCAUGGAGUUGUCCAAGGAAUGUGGCUUUGGCUACGGGGAGGACGCCCAGUGUGUGAAGUGCCGGCCGCACAGGUUCAAGGAGGACUGGGGCUCUCAGAAGUGCAAGCCGUGCCUGGACUGCGCCCUGCUGAGUCGCUUCCAGAAGGCCAACUGCUCGGCCACCGGCGACGCCAUCUGCGGGGACUGCCUGCCUGGGUUUUACAGGAAGACGAAACUUGUUGGUUUUCAAGACAUGGAGUGUGUGCCUUGCGGAGACCCUCCACCCCCCUACGAGCCGCACUGUACCAGCAAGGUCAACCUGGUGAGGAUCCCAUCCACGGCCUCCAGCCCGCGGGACACGGCCCUGGCGGCCGUCAUCUGCAGCGCCCUGGCCACCGUGCUGCUGGCCCUGCUCGUCCUCUGCGUCAUCUACUGUAAGCGGCAGUUCGUGGAGAAGAAGCCGAGCUGGUCCCUGAGGGCACAGGACCUGCAGUACAACGGCUCCGAGCUGUCCUGUUUCGACAGACACCGGCUCAGCUCCCCUGCGCCCCGCGCCUGCUGCCAGUGCCUGCGGGACUCGGCCCAGACCUGCGGGCCUGUCCACCUCGUCCCAUCCCGGUGCUGUGGUGGGACCUGCGGCGUCGGCCGGGACGCUGCUGGUUGUCGGGGGCACUGCAAGGCCACCCUUCAGGACAGAAACACAGGUCCAGCGGGGGAGGCGAUUCCCACUUUCUUCGGGUCCCUGUCAAGGUCCCUCUGUGGCGAGUUCUCGGACGCCUGGCCUCUGAUGCAGAAUCCCGGUGGAGGUGACGACGUCUCCUCCUGUGAUUCCUGCCCUGAGCUCCCUGGAGAAGACGCUCACUCUCUCGACCCAGAGAACACAAGCUUGGCUUCCCUGGACUCAGACAGCAGUCGGGGUCUGGUCGGUGGAGUGGGGCCCGUUCUAGCUCAUCCGGAGACCUUCACAGACACUACUGAUUUGUCGAGACUCAGUGAUGCACUGCUGGAGCCUGUGCGGGCUCAGAUCGUGCUCACUGCUGAAAACCAGCUGCAUCAGGGGCGAGGAGAUGCCCCACACCUGACCACACAGCCACACGCCCAGGGGGACGAAAGGACUUGCUUCUUUCUUCAGUGAAGUGUCCAUCAGAGCCUGCUUGUGGACCUCACGUGGCUUCUGGGGGAAAAAGUGAAUCUGAACUGAACUGAUGUCAUUUUAAGCUUCUGAGCCAGGCCCGCCGUGAGCCGAAACCUCAAGGAAUGGAGCCUCCAAGCUCUGCAUCUUUUCCACCCAAGGAGCGUCUGAGCGGGAGGCCGACUUCUUCGGAGACACAGUGGGCCAGGUUUGCAGCCUCCGAGCUUAGGGGCAUAACGAGAAGCAGAAACACAGUCAUGCUUCUCUUCGUGGUGGAUGUGGUGGUUUUGCCGAGACUGAAGGCCCAGAGUAUAACUUCUCAUUCACACUUUCUGGAAAUAAUUUCGCAUCUCCUACUAAAAGUCAAUGUCAGAUCGGUUACCUAGUUUUUACGUAGGAUAGGUUCACAGGUGAGUGUUUCUGUGUACUGGAGGUCACCUUUUCAUCAUCUGAAUAAUCAGCGUGGGAGGUUAGAAUUGAGCGACCUCACACGGUCUGCCUGAGUCAUGGCUUAUCAGAUGGUGGCCUGGGAAUCAGAAGAGAUCAAAUCUUACAGAAUCGACACUUCUCCAUCAGCCACUGUCUCAUCAACCCCAGCUGAGUUAGUGACCAGAGGGGCCUGAGUUAGUGAAUGUGGUUGGGAAAGGGCUACCCAACCCCUCCCCCGAGUUAAAAGUUCCUUAAUCCUGAUCCUAGAUUAGCAGAUUUCCUCGAAAAUCCACUGAUAUGGAAGCAUUUGUUACUUCUGUCCCUGGGACUGAGCUCAAAAGAUCCAGAUUUUCUCUUCUAUAGAAAAGCGGUAUUUAUAAUAAUCUUUUGUUUGCAUCGUGUUUUAUAAUAAAGGCUUUAGAAAUGCCAGCACAUGGUAUGUCCAUGCCACUGAAAUACGAUGCCAGGUGAGUAGUCUUAGGAGACGACUCUGCGUAUUAGGACCGAGAGAACAAGCACAGUGGGUGGUUGUAACCACCGUUGUGUCGUCUGAUCAGCACGUUACAGGGCUCCCUCCAAUCUCUAAGCUUGAUCAACACAGCAGUUUCCACCGCAGCGCAGCUACGCUGGAUUGAAGAGUCCAGUACUUCUACAAAGGUGAUCCAUCCCUGCCACCUUGGUGUUUACAUACUAAAAUUUGCUCUACAGCUAAGACAGAAACAAACCCAGCUCAGUCAUGAACCAGGGGACGGCUCCUUAGCUCUUCAUCUGUGCACCCUGGAGAGGAUUUAUUUGAGCAGGAUUUCUUUCUUUUCCUACCACGUUCAUAAUCAGUCCUGGCUGUUGCCUUUUAAGUGAUGACUAUUAGCUUUGUUCCAUUUGCACUUAAAAAAGACAUAAACCUUCAAACAUCCGUGCGUUAGAGAUGCUCACAUAUUUUGUUUCCGAGUUGCUCCUCCAAAAUCAGUGUCUUCUCCUGACCUUCCAAGUGAGCACUGGAGGCAGUUGCCGGUGGUCCAGUGGUUAGGAUUCAGCACUUUCACCGCCAAGGGUCUGGGUUCAAUACCUGGUCAGGGAACUAACAUCCCACAAGCCACAUGAUACGGCCAAAAAAAAAAAAAGUUUGAAGUGAGCAUUAGAACUCUACCUUUCCCAGGACAUUGUUACUUACCUCUUAUUACCCCGUGCUUUUCUCUCUUGCAUUCAUGAGCUCUCACAAGACGCCCCCAUCAUGUUCCUCCAUCCACAGCUCAGGCUCCCUGCAAAGACACAAACACCCCUGGGUUUGGUGUGUUGUGUGUGUGACCUCCGUUCCUUGGACUGAAAUAGGAAAUUAGAGCAUCUCACAGUAACGCGUAGCCUUUCCCGUCUACCUGGUGCCCAGCCAGAGUUAACUGAUUUUCUUUUUUCUCUUCCGUUUUUUUAGUCUAAACCAAUGAUUCUUAAGCUCUGGCAUGCACCAGCUCUUCUGAGAUGUGCCUUUAGGAAACUCAUGCAAAGUACUUAGGAUCUGAGCACUAGAGGGCUAGGAAAAUGCAGAGUUCAUCUUAAGUCACAUGUGCUGUAGUCUGCAAACCAAUCACUUUUGUUACAACAGGGUAGGCCAGGGCAGUGUUCCUUUUUAUAACCAGAGUAUAUCUUCCAUGUGUAGGAGCCCUCAUUAACGUCAAAGGCAAACACUUGCAGGAGAAAGCUAAGAUUGAUGGAAAAGAGGCUCUGGCUCCAAAUCCUGAAACAUCACUUCUGAUCAAUAGAGAUACUGUUGUUGUUGUUUAGUUGCUAAGUCGUGUCCGACUCCUUGUGACUCCAUGGACUGUUGUCCACCAGACUUCUCUAUUCAUGGGGAUUCUCCAGGCAAGAAUACUGGAGUGGGUUGCUAUUUCCUGCUCCAGGGGAUCUUCUCAGCCCAGGGAUCGAACCUGCGUCUUCUGCAUUGGCAGGCAGAUUCUUUACCACUGAGCCACCAGGGAAGCCCCAGCAGAGAAAAUUAGGGUUACAAAUGGAUUUUAUUUGAUACAACAUUUGAAAAAUCUUGGGUUAUUUUUAUCAAGAUGAAGACAUUGUACUACCAUGUACUAUGGAAACAGACAAUGAUGUUAUAUCCUGCGCUCUUUGUAAACACUGGAAAGGACAGUCCAGCUGGCAUCUCAUAUCAUUGGAAUAUUGGCAGCACUAGGAUAAACUCAGCUGCCGGCAUGCCAGGAAAUCAGCAUCAGGUGAUAACAGGACUGGACGUGUGAAUUCUUGCUACUUUCUGUGCCACAGAAACUCACCAACAAGGAUGAGAUGAGGAUUGGACAGCAACCACUGAAAGGCAUGGGUUUUCUGAUUUUGUGUAUAUGGAAUAUAUUUUUCCAAUAUAGAUUUUUCUACUUUAGAUAAAGUGUUCAUGUUGCUGUUACCUAGGUCAAGCACUGUUGUCUGUGCUAAUAAAAUAAAAAAAAAAACAUAGAAAAGGAAAAAUCCCAUCAUUGCUUUAAGGCAGUCAGCUUGCAUCCAUUUAGACCUCAUCUUGACUAUUUUGCAUACUGGAAUUUAUGAAUUUGUAAAUGUUGGUUUCCUUACACAACUAGUUUUGUAAGACCUUUUUUUAUUUGUGAAUAAAAUUGUUACCUUG